AUGGAUUACAUUAUUCGUCCAGAAGACCCGCCCCCUGGAACUAAGAAGGAAUUGACUCAUAUUGAACAAGUCGCGUUCCAGAUGUUCAUUGCUGGAUUUGAUCCUAUCCAAAUCACAUUCUACGCUGCACUAUUCUUCCUCCUCAAACACCCCCAAAUCCUCGCGAGACUCACGAAGGAGAUCCGUAACUCGUUCAAUAACUAUGAUGAGAUAACGCCUGAUGCACUAUCCAAUCUCAAAUACUUGCACGCUGUCAUCUCCGAAAGUCUCCGGGCACAUUUGACAAUAGCCACCGGAUUGCCUCGUAUCAGUUCAGGCGCCAUCGUCGAUGGGGUUUAUGUUCCCAAAGGGGCAUGUCUGCCUGAAAUCUUUACGAUGAAAUUAUCUGCUUAUUAUUCCACAGGUUGUGUGUCACCUCAGCUCAUUCAAGGCCAUGCGCGGUGAAAGAUAUCUCCGUGACCCAUUGGGGUUCCAUCCGGAGCGUUGGCUUUCUUCGGAACAUCCUCUAUAUGACACUAGAUAUGCGGAUGAUAAUCUGAAAUCCUUCUUUCCUUUCGGUCUUGGCCCAAGAAAAUGUACUGGCAGGGAAAUCGCAUGGUCACAAACAAGAUUGUUCCUUGGGAAAGUGUUAUGGAGUUUUGAUCUUGAAGGGGUUCGUGGCCACGAGAAGUCUUUUGACGAAUUCAAGGUCUAUGUUAUGUGGAAUAGGCCGGAGCUAUGGGUCCGUUAUUCGCCCGUUGAUCGAUAA